AUGGCAAGGAUUAUCCUAUCCAAGGUUUUACGCGAGAUGCUUGAAGACCCGAACUUGAAGGUCACCUAUCUGGUGAUUGAUGCUCUGGACGAAUGUGUGACAGACCAAGCGCAGCUUCUUCAGUUGAUCGUCCAGAUAUCUUCUGUGUCUGCUCGUGUCAAGUGGCUUGUAUCUAGCCGCAACGAGGUGCAGAUCGAAGAACAGUUGGCGAUCGUCGCGCAGCAGUCCAGACUCAGCCUCGAGCUAAACGCCGAAUCCGUCACCACUGCCGUCAGUGCAUAUAUCCGCUACAAAACUUUUCACUUGUCGCAGCUGAAACGGUACGACAGCAAAUUGGAGGCGGCUGUAUAUGACUAUCUCUCUUCUAACGCGAAUGGGACUUUUCUCUGGGUGGCCUUGGUCUGCCAAGUACUUGCGGACCCAAGCGUUCGAAGGUGGCAGACAAUAACAAAGUUACGGGCAUUCCCCACUGGAUUGGAUUCCCUAUAUGCGCGGAUGAUGAAGCAGAUUAUUCAGUCCGAUUAUGUGGAUCUGUGCAGGCAAAUUCUUGCCGUCUCCUCUAUUGUUCGUCGACCCAUCAGUCUUCAAGAACUGACCACUCUCAUCGAAAUAUCAGACGAUAUCUCAGACGAUCCGCAGUCCUUGGAAGAGAUUAUAGGGCUUUGCGGCUCGUUUUUAACUCUUCGAGACCAGACUGUUUAUUUUGUCCACCAAUCCGCCAAGGACUUUCUAUUGGGCAGUGCUUCUGAUAAAGCUGGUAACCAAGCGUCUCUGAAGACAUUCAAGUGGAUUUUUCCUUCUGGGAAAGAAGAUGUGAGUUAUACCAUCUUCUCGAGGUCACUUGAAGCCAUGUCUACAGUAUUGCGACGCGAUAUAUACGACUUAAGCGCACCGGGAUUUCAGAGCGACAAGGUCCAAGUACCGGAUCCGGACCCGCUAGCGACGGUGCGGUACUCGUGCGUCUACUGGGUUGAUCACCUGUACGACUUAGUUUCCACCAUGAACACAUACCGGAAUGAUAUUUUACAGCACAACGGGGUUGUCUAUACAUUCCUCAAGAUGAAGUACCUUUACUGGCUGGAAGCUCUAAGUCUACUCCAAUCUAUGUCUACGGGGGUUGUUGCUAUUAGAAAGCUCGAGGGCCUGCUA